CGCCAGGAUGGAUUUUUCUAUCAGUUUAAAAAUGCCAACUCACAGAGCGCGUUGCAUUCUGGGAACGAGAAUGUCAAGUGGAGAACUACAUAGACCAGACAGCACUGCAAAUACACACUCCUCUACUUCCUUCUGCUCUUUAGCUCUAGUUUGACGUAGCGCUCUUCUAAGCAAGUCCCUUAGGCGGAGGGCGGGGCCACACCUUUUCAUCUAUUGGCUAGCUCGCGAGGUGGUAGGCGUGGCUUACUGCAGCUCCGCUGGGCGAAGGGGUGGCCUCCUUGCCGAUCAAGCCGAGAUGACUGGGGGGGCGGGACCAAGGAGAAGUACGGGCGCCCCCGAGUGGGUGUGGUCACGUAGCCCAGCAGUGGGCGGUGAUUGGCCCUGGGCAGUUUGAUCACGGCUUGUGCGUCACGACGCCGCCAGCUGAUCGGAGACUGGAGCCGGUGUGUGCUGGGCGCUGGUAAGAGACAGCUCCGCCGGCCAUGGAGAGCGGACGGAGUGGUUUGCUCCCCUACCUUCAGCAGCCCCCACACCUAGCACCAGGAGCUCGUGCCUCCCGUAUCCUCACCUGGCUGAGCCGCAGUAGUUCUUCAGUGGCAAGCUUUAUGUCCUGACCCAGCUAAAGCUGCCAGUUGAAGAACUGUUGCCCUCUGCCCCUGACUUCGAGGAGGAAGAGGAGGAAGAGCUGCUUUCUCUAUCAUCUGGAAGGUGACAGAACUGGGACUGGGAAGGUCCAAAGGCAGAGGUGAUGACAGCUUUUGGGAAAGGGAACUCUUCUCAGUUGAAGAAGCUUCACCCAGAUUGGUCCAGCAAGAGAGCAGUUUUAGACUAGAGACACUGGCUGAAUUGGGGAAGAGGUGGCAAAGACUACCCAAGGUUAGUUGGUCUUUGUGUGGCAAUAGGAAAAAACAGAAGGAAAGUCUAUCUACUCCUUUACCUAGAUUUUCUCAUUGACCUUCCCUAUCUCUGAUUCUCUCCUACAAGCUUUUCCAGGUGAGGUCCAAAAAUAAGUCUUCAGGGGAAAAAUAGCACUGAAACUCCACUCUGAGUAGUCAUCACGUGCUUUUUCCUUUUCCUGUAUUUUCUUAAACUUAAGAAUACUCUAGAUUCUAGAUUUAGGGGUACUUACCUACACUUGCUCUUAGCCAAAAGGCCGAGAAGCGAUAGGCAGGUACUUACCUAUAGGGGACCCUUACACCUCUCUAUCCACCUGUGAGUAUACAGGAGGGAAUCAGAAGUCCAUCUAUGCUGACUCAGAGCUAGGUUCCUUCUCUUGUGGGUGGGAACAGCUUUUCACAUAAGUUGAUGGGGUUGGGGAGGAGCAGUUGGAAGGAGGGGCUAGGGUUAGACCAAUGCAAGAGGCCUGCCACCCAAAGUUGUACUAUCACCUCUGGUAGUGUUGUGGCUGCCAUUGCUGUUUCUUCUCUGCUUUGGUUUCCAGGGUAGUGUGUGAGACUUGUCUCAGGCCUAUGCAGGCAGGAAAUUCUCUCUUUUGGCAACCAGGGGAGAUACUUUGUAGACUGUGACCCCCUUUUUGGACACCAGGCAGUGUAAACCACCUCCAGCUUCUGAUCAUUCUCAUACUUGAUCUGGUAUAGUUCAGUCUUGGGCCAGUCUCCCUAAUAAAUGGUGGCCAAGGGCUGGGGAUUUAGCUCAGUGGUUCUGGUGCCUGCCUCGAAAGCACAAGGUCCCGAGUUCAGUCCCCAGUAUAAAAAAAAAAAUUCCAACAGCCAUAAAUGGUGAUCAAGUUCAGGGGCUACAGGAAGCUGUUCUCUUUGGUGGGAGGAGAUGUGCAGGGAGCUCUAUCUUAUUCUCCACUUAUAAGAAACUGAAAGACAUAGAGGAGAGUAGAUCAUUGAGCCCAGCCUCACUGCAGCCCAAGCUGAAGGGUAGGAUGGUUGUGGGACUGUGGUAGAGGGAGGUGGGUAGAUGAACCCUACUCAUAGUUGCAACAAAGAUUGCUCUGUCCUUGGAUAUUGCCUCCAUCCUUUCUUCCCCUCAUUGCUUCACUGGCCACAGUGAGUCUCUCCAGCCCUGAGUAUGUGGCUCUGCUAUCUUCACCCUUCAUGGAGCAGAGAUGAGGAAGGCAGCCUAGCAGCACAGACCCAGGCAGAAGACCAAUGAAGGACCAGGCCUGGAGAGCACAGGGCCCUCUCUGGGCAUGCACGAAAGGGGCCCAUAAAGGCCUGGAGCACUCCAGGAAGAGGGAGAACAGCCAGCCCCCAUCAAGAACAAGCUUCCUGUGAUCUGCUGCUUCACUCACUAUUUCUCUCCAGUACUGCCUCCCUUGGGGAUGUGAGACCAGAGUGAAGUGUCUAACAGCUUUCACCCUCCUCCUACCUCUUCCCUACCUACUCUGUUAUUUUUAUAUGAGCAGCCUUAAAGAGCAUGAACCAGAUGUGACAGGACAUGCACAGGAAAUUCAUUUUUAAAAACUCAAAUGGUUAAAACCAUUAAACAAACCAUAUUCUUCAUUAGUAAUUAAAAGAAGCCAAAUAUCACUGAUGUCUCCCUUAGCAGCCUAUAACAGAAAUAAAUAAGACCCAUUGUUGACAAAAGAGCACUACCAUAUAUUGUGUAUGAGACUAUAAAUUGGUACAGCCUUCCUGGAUGGAAGUUCAAUAAUAUGUAUUAAAUACCCUAAAAGGUUCCAUGUCCUUUGACCUAGUAAUUCUAUGUUUGGCAAUUUAUCUUUAAAAAUAAAAUUAGUUAUAAAAUAUUUAUUCCAGGAUUACAAUAGAGAAAAAUGGAAAACAACUGUUUGAUUGGGAAUUCAUUCCUUUUCUGCUGUAAUGAAAAUUUGCAAUAGGGGAUUGCUUAAGCAAAUUAUUGUAUAUCCAUCCAGAUGGUGGAGUACUGCACAGCCAUAGAGAUGAACAUUUGACUGGAAAGAAAAUUGUUCUUUGAAUAUUAAAAAGGUUAUAAAAAGGGGCCGGGGAUUUAGCUCAGUGGUUCUGCCGCCUGCUUCGCAAGCACAAGGACCCGAGUUCGAUCCCUGGUACCCCCCCCCCACAAAAAAAGAGGUUAUAAAAAUAGUGUGUAUUCUGUUACCUAGUUUUAAACAAUUUGUUUUAAAAGUAUGGUGUAUACUUGUGUAGACAGAACAGAUUUUAAAACAAACUGAAGAUGUACUAAAAAAUGUCAUUAUGGUUACCUUUGGAUGGUGAAAUAAAACAAUUGUAGUUUCCUGCUUUAGUUUUUCUGUAAUUUCCAAAUUUUCUACAUUGAUUGUAUAUUGAUCCUAUACAAUAAAUAAAAUAUAAAAGAUCAGUGUAAUUUUUUAAUCCUUUGGAUAAGUGGCUAUAGAAGGAAGGGAUGCACCUAGCCCUUGGUGAGAAUGUUUGAUUGGGAUGCUAACCAAGACUUCUCGUUUUUGGUUUGGUUUGAUUUGGUGCUAGGGAUCAAACACAGGUUCUCACUCAUGCUAAACAAGUGCUCUACCACUGGCUACAUCCCCAACCCUAUGAACUUCACCCCUUCUCCCUUUUAAAACUGAAACAUUUAUUGUGACUAAUCCUUUGAAAUUCUCAAGAUGAACUGAAUGUUGCCACAGCCGCUCUCUUGGGCUUAGGUGUCAUUCCUUCACAGAACCCAGGCCUGAAUCAGUAAUACACAAUCCUCAUUCACCCAAUCCUGAUGUUAUUUCAUCUUUUACCCUUGGCACUCCAGUUAUACUUUAUCUUGUGCUUGGCAGGAUAGCCACAUUUACCAUAGGUAGACUUCUGAAGAUGGUAGGCCUUAGAACCAUAGCAGUGUCACAAUGUGUAUUGCUUAAUACAGUGUUUUCCAAACAAUAUUCCCUUUAUCUCACUUCUGCCGCCAAGACCAAAGAGUUAUGAACUUCAUUAGGAAUAGGCAGAAUCCACCUUCAAUAUUCAGAAAGCAGCUCUUUGACUUGCUGGUUGUCAGCCAACUAAAGAGUUAUGGAGUGGAGUAAGAAGGAAGGAAAACAGUAAAAACCUGCCAUUCUUCGGGUAUGAAGGAUCAGGGAGAAUUUAAAUUCUAGAAUUCUAACAAUCGUGCUGCUGAAAACACUAAAGGUCUUUGUUUUCUCUUCUGACUCUGCCCCAAACUUGAGGUGACCCUGUAUUACUUCUUGUCCUCAUAUUGGAGGAGAUAUUUGACCCACCCAACAGGUACAAACCGCUGAGAGAGGGAGUGCUUUUUCAAGACUACUGGUAAGUUGCUUCUCUUUUUCCUGCCCUUCCUCCUAAGGUGUCAUGUGUUGGGGGGGCAGAGGUGUCUCCUGGUUGGUUGCUUCUCCAAAAUGGGAGUUGCUGUUCCUUUUGGGAGGUGCUAUGUAAGGGAGCAGGACUACUGGAAUUAUAGGUUUGGUACAAUGUGUCAACGGCCUGGAAACCUUGGAAGGCAGACAGGUGUCUCCAAGAAGUGAGGCGACCCCACAGCUGAGAGUGAAAGGUGAGGCCCUGCGUUGGCUAGGCUCAGGCCAGGAGGGUAAAUUGCUCCAGCUAAUACCUUCAGGGUUUCAAGGGCAAGCGUGAGAGAUAUCCAGUAGGUGAGAGAUGAGGAACUAGGGGAGAGAAGGUGAAAGUUAGUGGGGCAGGGCCCCAGAAGUGUCAGGUGAGAUUAGACUAGGGACCAUCUUUGGAGUUCCCAUAUCUGGAAUUCCAACGAAUUUGGGACACGUGGCGUUGGAGAAAAUCCCUACUGACAUCCCAGAAGGAUCCCUGGGUUGCACAGCUUGGUGGUGCCCAGGACCCCCCAAACAGCUCUCCCCAGUAGGGGCAAGACGCGAUUGGUUGUUGUGGCUCCAUGGGCGGUGGCCCCAGUGCUGCUCCAAUCACUGCCCAGCUGAGGGAUGGGGGUGUGGACAAGCCCAAGAAAGAGCAAAUUCAGAAGGCGAGUCGGGCGAGGGUGCCUAAGGAUCCAGCCCUGCGCGGAAAACAAAUCUCCGAUUCUACGGGGGGUGGGGGUGGGGGUGUCAGCUGAGGGUUUGGAGCCAAAGGACGGAUCAGGAACCUAGCUGGCCCCCAGGCCAUGGCACCCACGGAGCUGCUGGCGACCAGUACCUCCUUCUCUGUGUUCCGGGUUCUGCACUGGGGGAUGAAGCUGCUGCCCACUCCAGGAUCAACCGCUCAGGACCGCUGGAAGUGGCGGAACCGCUGUGUCUCGCUGAUGCACAGCCUGGUCACCGGGGUUGAGGCGCUGCUGGGGGUGUUGCUGUAUCCUCAAAUGGCCACAGACCCAGUUCAUGGCCACCCAUUUUGGGCCCUGGUCCUGGUGGCAGUGUGUGUGGGGUAUUUCCAGGCUGACGGAGCUGAUCUACUGUGGAACCAAACCUUGGGCCAGGCUUGGGACAUUCUCUGUCACCAUCUGGUGGUGGUGUGCUGCCUCAGCUUCACUUUACAGUCUGGCCAUUAUGUGGGCUUAUCCAUGGUGUGUCUGCUGGUGGAGGUGAACUCUAUCUGCUUGGACCUGUGGAUCCUGCUGCUGACUUCUUACCAGAUCCCCUCCCUGGCCUUCAAGGUGACCAGCUAUGUCACCCUGGCCACUCUGGUCCUCUUCUGCCUGGUACCACUGGGAUAGAUGAGUCUAUGGAUGCUCCAACAACACCAUCAGAUACCUCUUGCUCUGAUCAUUCUUGAUGGAACUGGGCUGUUCACUGUGGGUGCCAUAAGCAUUAGAACAGGUGUCCAAAUUCUGAUGGGUGAUAUUCUUCAGCCUCGGCCCCACCCGCCCAUCCUUGAACACAGGGAGACCAGGGGGACCAGGACAUGUUGUGAUUGUGAGCCCAUUACCAGGGAUAAUUCCACUCUGAACUUGAAAAACUAGAGAGAAGUGGCAGGCUUCUCUUCUGCCGGCCCUAUGGAAGUAGACUAGGAGACAGUGGUCUUUGCUAUGCAGUCUCUCAUGGGUUUAAUGGCUGGACUAGAUUAUCAGUAUUUCAGGUCCUCUCCUCCUUCCCCUUUCUUAGGAUCUAAGAAGACAUGCUGACAUUGGUGGCUGGCUGGGAACCUGUAUUACUAGUCACUAAAAUCUAUCAUCAUGUAAUCACCCUUUCUAGAAAAAGAAAUCAAGAGGGCUGGGGAUUUAGCUCAGUGGUUCUGCCACCUGCCUGCCUCGUAAGCGAAAGGUCCCAAGUUCAAUCCCUAGUACCAAAAAAAAAAAAAAUUAGUGAGCUCAAGGCCAGCCUCAUCUACAUAGCAGGACCCUGUCUAAAAAAAAAAAAAAAAAGAGUAGCUGGAGGUGUGAAGCUGAAUGAAACUGCCCGUGGUAACAGAAACCCUUUGCUCCAGCACAGGGACAAAUGAGGAUCAGAGAGAUCUGGCAUGGAGGGGGCAGGACCAGAGGGGAAAGAAACCUAACUUACGACCAGAUUUUGGCAGUGGAAGGGAGAGCACAAGAGAUACGAUCUGUUACCAGUAGAGAUGGGCAUGACAGUUGCCAAGUGACAGAAGAACAUAGGUCAUUGCAAUUGCUGCUGUUAUUUCUGGUUCCCAAAGCUGCACUACAGGUAUUGAGUUUAUUUAAUACUAGUCCUAAUGUGUCCAGCCUUUUAAUUUUUUUUAUAUCUUUGAACCUUUCCAAAGAAAAUAUAGAUUCUUCUUUGAAUGGUCAUGGGGCUAAGUCUGUCUUCUUUUUGUUGUUGUUGUUCUGGGGCUUGAACUCAGGACCUUGCUCUUGUGAGGCAGGCACAGUGCCACUGAGCUAAAUCCCUAGCCCUAGGUCUAUCUUCUUAAAACAGCACUGAAGGCAUAGAAGGGACUCAAGCACCCAAUCUAGGUCCCCAGUGUAGGGUUUUCUCAGCCUCAGGUUUUAUGGAAGAGUGAGGGCAGGGGUACAGCAGGUGACAGGAGGCUCCCCUUGGCUGCAGAAAGGUAAAGGAAUGGCUGACCCUCUUCUGGGACUCAUUCAAAAGCUUUCCUUCCUCCUCUGCUGUUUCUGCUGCAUUUUUCUUUUAUUGCACAAGACCCCUCCCUUCUCAUUCAGAAUACCCAAGUUACAGAAAGUGUAGAGCAGUUAAGUUGCUAUUCUAAACAAUGGAGAAAAAAACCCCCUUAAUUUUCCAUGGAAAAGAUACAUGAGCCAAAGCAAGUGACAGGAAGAGUUUUUUAAAAUACUGCUAAGAAACUGAGGGAGACGAAGACAAAGAGGAUGAUAGAGACAGAUAUACAGAGAUUGAGGGUGGAUAGAAAGAAGAGUCUACGGCCAUACCACCCUGAUCUCGUCUGAUCUCGGAAGCUAAGCAGGGUCGGGCCUGGUUAGUACUUGGAUGGGAGAAAGAGAGAAGAAUUAAUUGCAUAGAGGAGACUGAGGCACAGAGAUUGAGGGCCAGCAGGAGAAGCAUUGCCAGAGAUACUGAAAAAUACUGUUACAGAUGCUGAGAGGAGCCUAAGUUGUAGAACUGGUAGAAUGUUCAUAAACAAAGAGGACAAGGAAAAUAGGAAUAAAGGCCCACAGAGAGGAGCCCCAAGGGCGGAAGGUGUAGCUAGUCUAGACAGUGGAAGAGUGAGAGUGAGGGACUAGGAGGGGCAAGCUGGCUCAGGAGUGGUGGAGAGGAUGGUGCCAGAUCUUCAGAUUAGCACACUAAGAGCAGAGCGGAGUGGGAGAAGUCAGAGGAGCUGGGAAGCAGGAGAGCAGAGAGCAGGAGGCCCCCAAUGGAAAGAUCCACUGAGAAGGCGGGGGUAUGUUGAGUUGGAGACAGUCAGAAAGACAAGCAUCUGCAGUGCAUAACACAAAGACAGAGAUACUUGAUAGUAUCUAUGAGGAAUGACCAAGAAUUUGGGCAUUAGGAAAAUGUGGCUGUUUUUGUGGUUCACCCAGUAAAAUGCAUACAGAAAGGGUAAGAUUACCCACUGGGGGUGACCAGGUCCCAAAUGGACACUUGAAGAGUUUGGGAUCCCACACCAGGGCAGUGUUUGUCAGACCUUACCAUGGUCUGGUAAAGUGGUCUGCAAGACUGAUCCCAUGCCUACCAAGCUACUUGCUGAGAAAUUCUUCACCUUCUAGCAGAGGGGAGGGGCUUUCCUAGAUAGGGAACAUCGAUAUUUUAUGUUCUCAGAACACUAUCCUUAUUAUAAAUUAAUAA